CUCCACUCAGAGUUACGAGAUGGGCUGCAGUAACCUUAGCGUGCGCCACGCCAACAGGCAACCUCAUCCACGAACAACUUCUUCUCUUCACUGUCAAAGCCGCGACACGUCCCUUACUUCAUACCCAGGAUACCAUGGCUGAGAACAUCUACUCGGAACUACGUCCUGAACGCCAAGAGAUCCGCCUCAUGUUCCUUGAGUCCGGCCAACCGGAAGACGAGAUCAUCGCGAGCCUGCGCUGGGCUCCCGAAUGCUGGACUCCCGAGUUUGAAGCACUCUCCUACGUCUGGGGAGACCCUCUGAUCACUCGUCCGAUCAAGUUGAAUGACCAGCCCUACCAAGUUACCGAAAAUCUGGAAGCUGCAUUACGAAGACUGCGGCAUGAUGAUAGAGUGCGAAUUAUGUGGAUCGACGCUAUUUGUAUCAAUCAACAAAAUCCUCGGGAGCAAGAGCAUCAGAUCGGCCUCAUGCGUGAUAUAUUUGGAGGAUGUGCUCAGUGUAUUGUCUAGCUGGGAGAGGAGGAUCAUGAAACCGAGAAGGUUCUUGAGUCUCUUCAAUGGAUGCACGACAAUCUGCACGUACAUGAAUGGCCGUGUUUUUCUAACUCCAAAGCCACCAAGACCCUGUUGGGCGCAGGCAAAAAUAACACUUGUGGAAUUGGUCCAGCACUCGAGCCAUUACAAAAGUUUUUGCGCCGGCCCUGGUUCUCUCGUACUUGGACCUUCCAAGAGUUCGUACU